UUACAUCCCUGUUUCAUACUUUCAUUACGACUUUUAAUUAAGAAAAAAUGCUGGAAAUGAGCGAGAUUAUUCCAUAAAUUUGAUGAUGAAAAUAGAUUUUAACUAUUUAAGGGAGGAAUGAACUCAGAACAAAAGGCCGGCGACUCUCGUCAGCAGUCAAGAACAAGGGAUCAAGGCAAUACUGUUCAACCUCAUGGCAAAAAACCCAACAAAAGUAAACCCAAGCCAUUGUACUUCUGGGACUGUGCUGAUGUAAACAAGUGGAUGAAGAAAUGGUGUGGUACCCUCCAUGAAAAAUAUGGAGAACUCUUUCUGCAGCAGGAAAUUACUGGAAGGACAUUGAUAAGGAUGAAUGAAAUAAAGCUGGAGAAAAUUGGAAUAGUAAAUCCAGAUCACAGAAGAGAAUUAAUGCAGCAAAUAUUAAGGCAGAGAUUAAAGCAUGAAAUGUCAGAUUUAAAGAAUAUGGACCAAGAAGGAACAGGAUUUGCCCAAAGCAGAUACCAGUCCAUCAAGGAAAAAGACAGGGACAAGCAUGUGGAAAACAAUCACAGCUAGCUUCCUUAAACUCUAGGAGAAAUUAAACUAGUCACAAUGAACGCCAUAAAGUCAUAUACAUGCAAUGUGAAAUUUAUAAUUACAUGUCAAAUUUAACAUUUCAAAUUUUUUUUUCAACAUACAUGUAUUUCACAAAAAUGUUUGCAAGUCUGGUACUUGAUUUAUUUUUUGAACUAUGUUCAUGAUGAUUUGAAAAUAAUCAUGAUUGUUGUCAUUCUUUAAAUAAUUUAUCUAUUUUUACUCACAAAAUGAUCAAAAAGGAGAUUUUGAUUGACAAAUUAUUUGUAUUUUAGCUGCUUCACAGAUGGCUCUCCCUUGCUGUGAAAGGAAAUAUUUAUGUAAGAUAAGUUCACAAAAAAAUUAUUUUAAAAGCCACUUUGUGUAUAAAGUGAACCUAGCUCUUGAGAAUUUUAAUUCCUGUAUUAAUUAGAAUUGUGAGCACAACCAUGAUAUUCCUCAAUUUUUUUUUAAUAAAAAAUACCUAUAACUUUUUCAUGUUGCAAAGGAGAACUGUGAAAUCAUGUGAUAUGCAUUUGAAGCCACUUAAUUGAAAUAGGAUUGAAGUGCUUUUAUGUUAGAGUGUUCACUUAGAACUGACAAGUACUUGAUUAUUAGUGACAUUGAAUUAGCUUCCUUAU